AUGGUGAGGAAGGACACCCCAUCAGAUCAGAGUCUUCAUAGCAGAGAUUCAAGGUUCAGAAAAGAAAAGUUUGAUCCUCUGACCAAAGACUCCACAUUUAAACAGGACCUUUCAACCACCAAAGAGGCUAGGUUCAGACAGGAUCCUCCAGCCAAAGACUCAGGGUUAAGACUGGAUCAUUCUACCUCGAAAGAGACAAGGUUUAGACGGGAUUCCACAGCAAAGGACUCAGGGCUAAGACAGGACUCUUCCAAUGCCAAAGAGAUGUGGCUUAGACGGGAUACUCAAGAAUCAGGUUCAGGUCCAAGAGUGGAUACUUCUGUUGCCAAAGACACCAGGUUUAGACAAUAUCUUUCAACCAAAGACUCACAGUUAAGACUGGACCCUUCCAGUUCCAAUAGGGCAAGGUUCAGAGAGGAUCCUCAAAAUCCUGCACAAGAGAUGAGGUUGAGAUGGGAUACUCCAGCCAGUGACACAGAGCUAAGACUGGACCCUUCCACUGCACAAGAGAUGAGGUUCCGACAUGAUUCUCCAGGCACAGACAUGGAGUUAAGACUAGACCCUUCCUCUGCCCAAGAGAUGAGGUCCAGACCGGAUCCUCCAGCCACAAGCUCAAGCUUCAGACAGGGUCCUUCCACUGCACAAGAGAUGAGGUCCAGACAGGAUCCUCCAGCCACAAGCUCAAGCUUCAGACAGGAUCCUUCCACUGCACAAGAGAUGAGGUCCAGACAGGAUCCUCCAGCCACAAGCUCAAGCUUCAGACAGGGUCCUUCCACUGCCCAAGAGAUGAGGUCCAGACAGGAUCCUCCAGCCACAAGCUCAAGCUUCAGACAGGAUCCUUCCACUGCACAAGAGAUGAGGUCCAGACAAGAUCCUCCAGCCACAAGCUCAAGCUUCAGACAGGAUCCUUCCACUGCUCAAGAGAUGAGGUCCAGACAGGAUCCUCCAGCCACAAGCUCAAGCUUCAGACAGGAUCCUUCCACUGCUCAAGAGAUGAGGUCCAGACCCAAUCCUCCAGCCACAAGCUCAAGCUUCAGACAGGAUCCUUCCACUGCCCAAGAGAUGAGGUCCAGACAGGAUCCUCCAGCCACAAGCUCAAGCUUCAGACAGGAUCCAUCUGCUUCAAAGCAUGUACAAUUCAAAGAAUUGCCUGCCUCCAAGCAAGUUCAGUUCAAACAAGACAUUACCACAUCAAACACUCAAGCUCCAUGGAUGAGACGGGCCCAGGCAGAACCACAAAGUGCAGGCACAUCUAGUCAGUUGAGAGCUGGAAGUACUCAAGUCAGGCUCACAAGGAGGUCUAGAGUAGAGAAACCAUCCCUUCCCCCACCCAAAUCAUCCCAGUCAAAGAAAGGCAAUUUCCCUCAUGUCAGCAAACACUAG